UCAAUCCAAAAUCCACAAUCCACAAUCACCUAGACCAACUGCUAUCAGUAAGUAGAAAAUCAUUAUCAAAGAAGUAUAUCUGAAAUCAAUAAGUAAUCAUUUCCUCAUCUUCACGUAACGUACAUUCCAGAAGACUUUAAAAAGUCUAUAAAUGAAGCUCCUCAUUCUCAUAACCUCCAUUUUCAUUGCAUCAAUUUCAAUACUAUUCUACAGUAGCAAUAGUCAACUAUCACAGUUCUUUCAAUUCUUCACAACCAACAGAAUAAUCACCGCAAUUAACACAGACUCAAUUGCCACCCAAUCUUCUAUGAGCACUACAUCUGCCAUCAAAUCAACCAUGUCAAAAGCACUUUCGCACGCCAAGAUUACCCCUCGCAAGUCAUCGGCUCGAGGUCAUGCUGAUCAUGGCUGGCUUAAUAGUUACCAUACAUUCAGUUUUGCAAAUUACUAUGAUGCUCAAUUUCAGAGCUUUGGAAGUCUGCGAGUCCUUAACGAAGAUCGUGUAGCUGGUGGCACAGGAUUCCCUACGCACCCUCAUCGCGAUGCUGAAAUCUUCAGUUAUAUUCUCAGUGGAGAAUUGACUCACAGGGAUAGUAUGAUUAAGAAGGGAGCAGAGGGGGCUGAAGGAGAUGAUUUUUAUAGAAUGAAAAGAGGAGAUGUUCAGUUCACAACUGGUGGAAGUGGUAUGAUUGUCUUCUUGCUCCAAAAGAAUUGGAUAAUGCUAAUGAGUAUCUUACAGGAAUCGCACAUUCAGAACAAAAUGAAUCAAAGGAAGAGGUCCACUUCCUUCAAAUAUGGGCCCUUCCUUGGGCUAGAUCUCUCACUCCACGAUACCAUACAAAAUCCUUCUCUGAAGACGCCAAGCGAUCUGCAUUCUUACCAAUUCUCUCACCAUUGAAAGCUGGACCUAAUGCGUCUGCAGAAGAGGAAAAAGCAGCCGAACCAACGCUGCCAAAUACCAUACCUAUACAUGCCGAUUUUGUCAUGGCUGCUGGGAUCAUUGGAGUGGACAAGAGAUUUAAAUGGACUGUUGGUGGAGAGGCAACAAAAAGCGCUGAAAACAGAAAAGUCUAUAUACAUGUUCCUAUGACUAAGGGUGGCAAUGCAAAGAUCAGAUUAGACGGCAGAGAAGGAGCUGUGCUAUCUGAGGGUGAUGGUGCAUUUAUUGAAGGAGUCAAGGCAGGGGAUGUUUUAAGUGUUGAAAGCAUCGGAGAGGCUGAGGCGGAAGUUAUCGUUUUGGACAGCGAUUAGAUGUUUCUGAUUGUUGGAAUUUUGGCUUUUAGAUCGAUACCUACCCUAGUAUUUAGCACUUAUUGUAACUUUUAAACCUUUAAAAUCGAAACUCAUGAUGGCGUACAAAGUG